GACUCGUGUGCGGUUGUAGGGAUGUUAAGGCAUGUUUCCAGACUUCUGACUCCCUUAGAUGUUCAUCACUGCAUUGGUGGUCGUUGUUUCUUCUUGUGGCCAUCUACAAGAUUUGAGAAGUUCCUCCAACGUUUCCCAGUUUCAAACCUUCAAGCAGCCAUGUCAGACCCUGAUUCUUGUCUCUACAAACCUCCCGCUGGCUUGAGAGGAAUGACUGAGCUUCAUCGAGAAGCUUUCACUCAAACCAUCAUCGUCCCAGCAAUACGGAUUCCCACCAAGGUCCUGAACCGACUCGUCAAGAGCCUGAAGAAAGUGUCGCUGCAGAGGCCUGGUCUGAAACGUGUAGUUGACGAUAAUGAGGUUGACCAGACGGGUGAGGAGCAUCGGCUGCUCCUGCUGGAUCCUCAGAGAGUGAAAUCUGCCGAUUCGUUCGGUCCAGAGGAAACAGCCGCAUUGAAGUCGCUGGGCGUUGAGCCACAGAUUUGCCCAUAUGAACUCAGACUGACCUAUGAGAACUUGAAGAGCGAAGAAGUGCUGCGCGCUGUACUUCCUGAAGGACAGGACGUGACAUCGGCAUUCAGCCGGGUGGGGCACAUUGCUCACAUGAACCUCAGAGACCAUCAACUACCAUACAAAAACCUGAUAGGUCAAGUGAUCAUCGAUAAGAACCCGGGUGUGACCUCUGUGGUGAACAAAACCAACACCAUCUACAACACCUACAGAAACUUUCAGAUGGAAGUGCUAGCAGGAGAAAACAACAUGGUGGCCAAGGUGAAGGAGAACGGUGUGGCGUACGAAUUUGAUUUCUCUCGUGUGUAUUGGAAUCCUCGACUGAGCACCGAACACGAGCGUAUAGUUUCUCUUCUCCGACGAGGAGAUCUUGUUUUUGAUGUUUUCGCUGGAGUCGGGCCCUUCUCUGUGUUAGCGGCACGGCGUGGCUGCUCCAUCAUUGCAAACGAUCUAAACCCCGAGUCUUUCAAGUGGCUACAGCACAACACCAAGCUCAACAAGGUGGAAUCGAAAGUCACAACCUUUAACCUGGACGGGCGGGAGUUUAUCCGUGGCCCACUCAGGGAGCGCCUUCCCGAACUGCUGAAGGGUUCUUCUGCCAUCCACAUCAUCAUGAACCUGCCUGCACUGGCACUCGAGUUCCUGGAUGCGUUCAGGGGGCUGCUGGGGCCAGAGUCGGGUGAGGGAGUCUCCGGGGAGCCAAACCUGCCACGGGUUCACGUGUACGGCUUCUCUAAAGAGGACGAGCCUCAGAAGGACGUGUUGCAGAGGGCGGAGAGCAGUUUGGGAAGCUCACUGGAGGGCCGGUGUGAUGUACACAUGGUGAGAAACGUAGCACCCAAUAAAGAGAUGAUGUGUGUGAGCUUCACCAUGCCAAAGGAGGUUCUGUACCAAGGAGACGUGACAGAGAGAGGUCACUCGGAAGAACCCUUGCCAAAAAGACAGAAACUUGAGGAAACGGAAUCAUGAAGACUGAAGCUAUUUGGACUUUUAUGAUUUGGACAUUUCUGUUUUAGUAAUUUUCUUUGAUUAAAAACUCUUUGAUCUUUUA